AGAAAUAGGGCAUAUCACUAAAUUAGUUCGGAAAGAAUAUGACCAGUAAAAGUUUUUAGAAGGUUUGCCAAAACACUGAACACAAUUCCAAAGGAGAAAAGAGAUUAUUUACUCAAGUUUAGCAUUUUACGAAACCAAAAACGUUAUCUAUACGUCGAGAUAACAGUGACCCAACAAAACACGUUAAUCAAGGUAGCCAAGGAAACUAGAUACAAAAACAGAUUGAUUUUAUCUACGUGCAGUGAUCAUCCUCGAUAGCUGCAGUCGUGACGCUAUUAAUUUUGACUAUCUCAACUGCAGAGAUGUGUCACCUUGGCAACAUGACGCCAGUUAACCCUGUAAAGCGGAGGAUCUGAGUUUACCUUUCCGUUAUCUAGGGCCCCAUCUGACAAAACCGGGUCUCUCGACACUGCAUCAUGGCGAAUUCAACAACAAACGGGACAAACGGUACAAACAGGACCUUAGUAGACAGCGUUACGACGUUGUCAACUUGGUCGAUUAGUGAAACUACCACUGACAGUUAUUUCACAACAACCGGUCUCGGGGACAUCCAUUUACUUGUCCCAACCAUGAAUUAUUCCAAGUACUCUUUGGAAACUUACACAACUAUCUACUGGUCAGUAUCAGCAUCUUCCCUAAUGCUCGUUUUACUUGCCUGUAUCUGCCUCCAAACUUACGUUUACAGGAAAGGAAAAAAUAAAAUAUAUGCUGGUUUGACGAGGGAGAAAACCAUGGCCAUCAAAACAUCAGUUGAAAUAGAAGAAGAUGAAGACUUGUGCGUGUGGUCUGCAAAGAUACUCGUGGAGAUAGAGCGGCCUCUAUUGGUGGAUAUAUUUAAAUGGGCAGGCGUUUGUGCUUUAUGUCUGGGGCUAUUGCUGGCGAUUCCUGCAAGAUAUGCAUUAAUUCCGCUACUCCUGUAUGACGUAUCACAAGCCAUUCACGUAUGUGUGUUGUAUGUGAAAAAGAUGGAAAACAAGGACAAAGAUGCUGUAUUUCAAGAUGUUAAACGCGUUCAUCUUUCGUAUACACUUCUUGCUGGAUUUCCCGCUGGAUCAGUGGCAAAGAUUCUUGGCACACUGUGGCUGGACGGAAUAUGGGACAGUUGGGGCUAUUCAGAUUUUGGCUUUACUAUUCUCUUCGCACCUCAUACAAUCCUUAUUUUUAUUGCUGCACCAAUUGUGUUUUUAACAUUUUGCUGCGCAUGCUGCAAGUGCAGUGAAUCAGAACCGUGUAAAGACAGAAAGUUUUUGCUGAUUUGCUGUUUGCUAUAUGUCAUCUUUAGCUUAUUGUGGCUUGUUGGAGCGGUUUUGAUGAUAUCAAGUUCCCCAUACGACAUACAUGGUAUUGUCCAUCAGAUAAGUGCUGCCAUCUAUACAAUCAUAGUGCAGGCUAUAAACAUGAACCUUCCAUGGGCUCUUGGCUUCGCCUUUGUUUUUGGUGCCUUCUUCCUUUAUGCGAUGACACUGUUCCUGUAUGUAGCCAACAAUGGAAGACUGUUGAAAGUUAUUCCUGAGUUCUCAGAUGCCUGGUGUUUUGGUUGGUCGUCAGUGAUACUGGUUUACUUCCUUGACAACCCGGGUGACGUCAGUUCGUUGUCUAUCAAGGUGUAUGCCAUGUUACCGUUGCUGUUCUCGUGCCUUAUAGGUCUAACGUAUGAUGUCUAUAGAAUCUUCCGUAUGGCCAGAAAACGUCAAAAGCUUUUGGAGAAAAGAAAGAUACAGCAAGAUGAAGCGAAUCAAGUGACAGAAAUGGAAGUACAAGCACCAGAUUAUUGGGUUAAUUUUCAGGAUGAUUUUAAGAAAUGUGCAGGGGAGGAGGGAGGGGUCAUGACAGUUGAAAUCGGCGGCCAAAUACGGAAAGAGGUCAAACAUAUGAUGAAAGAGUCUUGGUCUAAAGAAAAAAUGCUUAUCCACGGAAGAGACAGCGUUGGUUUACAUCACACCGAUUUUAGGAUAACGAAGGUAGAGCGCGUCGAGAACCCUCGGCUAUGGAGCCAGUAUUUUUGCAAAUUACAAGAUUUAUCCAGGAAAUGUGCACGAAAUCCUAUUGACAGAGCGCCGUGGAUGCACGCAUAUACGGACCAGCUUUCCGGUAUCUUAAAUGAGCGUCUUCGAAAUGAACUGAAUGAAUACUAUUUUUUUCACGGGACAAACACAAAUGUUGCUGAAACAAUAUGUGCCACUGGGCUGGAUUUUAGGAUUGGAAACGAGGGACUCUUUGGAAAGGGCAUUUACCUUGCAGAAAAUUCCUCGAAGUCGGACCAGUAUGCAUGGCUAAGUGCGACAGACCGCGGAACAAAAGGAUUAAAAAUGUUCCUCGUUCGUGCCUGCAUCGGUCGACCAUAUCUCACACGUGAAAAGAAACAAUUUCCACGGCCUCCUUGUACUGAGAAAGGCUGCAUGCAAGUCGUAUGCAACCAUACCAGUCACUUUGAUUCCGUGAUAGCAGACGUUUCCAAUAUGUUGUACAGAGAGUUUAUUAUUUACGAGAAAACAAUGUGUUAUCCUGAAUAUAUCAUCACGUACGACAGAAUAUAGUAUUGAAUCCAAUUUAAACGACUUAAUUCAAUAUUCGGUGAAAAGUCCCUUUGAUUUCUAUGCCAGAGCUUCGUGACUGCGAGAAUGAGAAUGCGCCAAGAUGCACAAGGGGACG